AUGACGCGUGUGACGUCACAUAUCAGUGCGUCCCAAGAAAAUCGAAACCAGAAGGAAAUCAUCCCCAUCAAGAUAGCGACGUUUGAUGAUGCGUUCGAUAUUUGUAUUUCCGUUACUGACGCGGGCAUCCUGAUGCAGCGAGUCUCUAUGGCGGUCCUGGACUGCAAGCUCAACGAAGCACAUGACGAUAGCUCGGACGCGUCCUCUAAGCAGCAAGUAGAUAGAAAGGCCCUCGUCGUUAUAUGCAACAAAGGGAAGAGGUUGCGCCAGAUCGUCAAAGUCUCGGGCAUAGGUGUUCUCUUUUACCGCCGUAUCUCCGUGGACCCCGCGAAAGCUACCACCCUCGCACUUCUCGAGAGCAGGUCGAACUUCUGGUUGGGGAUGGGCGGCCGAACGCAGCCACAUCAGUCGCGGUACCGCUUAGCUUUGAUACUGCAAUAUACGGUGUCAUCGUUGUAA